AUGACACCUGUUUCAUUAUUCAACGAAAGUCGUACAAUUACAGUCUCCACAUACUGUGGUUGUAUUGCUGUCAGUUUCACACUCUUUGCAGUUCAUUUUAUUUAUCGUUACUGGGCAGUUUGUCAGCCAAAGAAGCUCAAGUUUUUCAAGGGUUCCAACUUCGGAUUAUGGUUACUUGGAGUUUUUUGUGUUGCUGUUAGCUGGGGCGCAUUUUCCUUUUUCUGUUUCCCAGGUAGCCUCAGGGCCCAAAAAAGCUUUCAGUUAGUUCAAGGUGCGUAG